AAGGAUAACUCUCAGCGAUAGUGCGCGGAUAAAAAUGGCUUCCUGGAAGACGGCGUAAAAAUUAUCCUGGUUGACAAGGACAUUACCAACGGCUCUUUGUCAACAGUUCAUCAAACACCCUAAAAGGAUAUAUAUUUGUGAUAUGCACCUUGAAAUGGGUACAUUUAAAGGUUUCAUCGCCACAUUUUUCAUAUUGUCUGGAACCUGCUACUCAACUCAAGGAAGCACAAUCAGAAAUUGCUCAAGGACAGAUAUUAAGAGCAAGUCUGGUCACAUCAAUAACGACAACUUUCCUUCUGCUGUCUUACCUCAUACCUGCAAGUUCUGGUUCUACAGGGGUAUUCCUGGUGAAGUGCUUACUGUCAGUUUUUCCACACUAGAUUUGCCUCGCUCAUUAGACAAUGAUAACUGUGAAGAAAAUUAUCUUCUCAUUGGCCCUGUUCCCAAGAUUAAAGUUUGUGGCAAUAGUUCUGAACCAUAUAUAAAGCGGUUUGAUGAAAUCCACAAUUACCUUUGGAUCCGAUUUAGGACAGGAUCGAAUCCACAGGGCAUUGGUUUCUUUCUGUACUACAUUGCAGGUCCUCAACCAGCUUCAGUAUGUUUGGGGGAUAAUUAUUUAUGUGAAAAUGGCAAGUGCAUUCUGGGAAUAUGGCGAUGUAAUGGCUAUGAUGAAUGUGGGGACAGCUCAGAUGAGAAAAACUGUGAUCCACCACUUUAUGACGACAGAAAUUCUUUUAGAAAUCUUUACUUGACAUCUGCUUCUAAUCACACAACACCAGCAUCAAGCUACCAUGAUGCAGAUGUAGACAUUCCAUUCCAACAUCCAGAUACCACAUUGGGAUACCAGUGGCGCCACAUUUUAACUGAACAAGAAGGAAACUUCAGCAUGCCUCCUUACCCAUAUCUUGUCUCUGACAUCAGGGAUGCCUGUUGGUUGAUCGAAAAUAAUGAUCCAACGGCGACCAUAAAUCUUGAGUUCCAAGUGUUUAAGCUGUGGAGAGAUCAGUAUAUUGAAGUAUAUGAUGGCCCAAAUGAGAAUGCACCAAUGGUAGCUUGGUUCAAUGAAAGUGUCCAUACCAUCGUGUCCUCAUCAAAUGUCUUGUUCAUAAAGUUCUUUGCUGGUUAUUCAAGGCCUCCACAGAUCUUGUGGAAAGCUUUUGUUGCACGGUAUUUUGUUCAAGACACAUGUGAACAGGGCAGGCUUUCUUGUGGCCCUGAUGAUGGCAAAUGCUUCACUGAACUACAGCAGUGUGAUGGAAUAUGGGAUUGUCCAGUAUCAGGACAAGAUGAAAGAGGAUGCUAUGGGUGUCCAUCGUCUUUGUUCAGCUGUUAUGAGUUUGGUGAGAGUCGUGGAAGAUGUUAUACUAGGCAAGAUCGGUGUAGUGGGUCCAAAGUUUGCGACAACUAUGCUGAUGAAAGGAACUGCAACAAAGAACAAUGCUCUGCUGAAAAGAAUCUUUUCCUCUGUGCAAACAAGAGAUGCAUCCUUGAUGGAUGGGUUUGUGAUGGAACAGAUGACUGUGGCGAUAGCAGUGAUGAAACUGACUGCAGGCUAGGCAGUGCAAGGAAAGUAAUUGUGGCAGCAGUGGUUGGUUCCUUGAUAAGCUCCCUUCUUCUGGUUUUGGCUCUGGGCUGUGCUUGCAAAGUUUAUGCCCUGCGUGCAAAUGAACAUCCACGAAGCUCCCGAUUUGACACACCACUGAGCAGGCUUCAGGCAGAGAUGUUUCGUCGGAGAGCACCGCCUCCACCUUAUCAUGAGGCCAUGCUGACCUCUCGACCUUAUGAUGAAGCUGUGAGGGAAUUCAUGGCUCAGAAUGAAGUGAUGCGCCUGAUGCACGAGCCAACAGAGGGCUCCAGCACAAGGUCUCAGACACUCCUUCCUAGAGAUGUGGAUGCUGGAGACACACAAGAUGGUGGAAGAGACAGUGAGGAACGGGCAAUUCAGAAUCUGAUUAGUCUCAUGGACUUGUCUGAUGAUAUAUCAAGCCCAAGUCCUAGCCUGUCUACUCCUCGACUACAGAUACAGAUCCUUCCACCAGAUGAUUCUAGUGACUCAGAAGCUGAUGAGUAUGGGGACCACAGAAAUCUCGCCUAUGAAGAGUCUAUACAGAUUGAGUUUCCACAUUCUUCCAUAAGUCAUCAAGGCCAUUUUCUUGCAUCGGAGGAUAGAGAAGGCAAUCAAACUGGGGAGUGUAGCAGCCAGGAUUCAGCUAGUGCUAUUCUUAUGGAUACAUUUCCAGACAACCAACUUCUGGUGGACAAAGACAAGAAAGACAAUGGUGCUGUCACUGCUGUUUCCACUGGCAGGCAGAUGCCAGGAACAGGAGACGAAGAUAAGGAGACCAAUGAAAGCGAUGCAGACUCUGUGUGCAUUCUGUGCCUUGACAGUCCAUCAUGCGAUGAUGAUGAUGGAUCUGACACCCGGUGCCUUCUUGAGGAUGCAUGAAUAGUUUGGUAUUUCACUUACUGUUUCAUGUUGAUUUCCUAGUAUCUGAAUGAUCACAACAGCAUAGUUUAAGACAUUGCUAUCUAGGACAAAGCCUUCUUCUGCAUCCUUAAGGCGUAAUGCACAUAAAGAAUUUGUCUUGUUUCCAUAAAGCAUUUCAAGCAGAUCAGAGAAAAGUGAUAUAAACUCAUAAGCAGAUAACUAUGAAUGACAUUCAAGCUGCUAGACCACUAAACAAGAGCUGGGGAGAGAAGUCUGCCAAAUAAAUUUAAUUAAAUUUUCCAAAUCACUACAAAAAUGGUUUGAGUUGGAGAAAAUUCUUAUACGAAAACCUGAACUAAUUUUGGGUAAUUCUUUAUCAGUUUGCUUUAACUAUGUGCUAGUAUUUCAAAUUUCACUACCUACAAUAAAUGGAGGCAGAAGUGGGCAGACGUAGGUUAUCAAAGAUCAGGAUAAGCCAGCUGGGAAGCAAAGGAAAGCUCUUGAAAGGAGAACCAAAUCUGCAUCAAGACAUUUUGAAGAAAAAAAAGAAACAAUCUUCAUGUUAAAUUUGUAAAAUUAAGCUACUUGUAAAUAUGAAAGCUCAUUUAUUUUUAUUGACAAGUUACAAAUGAGCAUCAGUCAUGACAUAAAUAUGUUUUAUUAACUAUAGAAUAAAAGUAGAACAAUAUUUUAAAUUAACUGCCCUUAAAUAGUUCCUGUAGCAAAGAUUUUAAUUGUUUAUUAUAUUAAGCAGCCAGAAUGAAUCAGUUUUACUGUACCGGGACUGACAAAAAAAGAACUAUAUUAGGAAUCUACGCUGCUUUUUUAACUCUUUUUAAGUUUACAGGAAAGGAAUAACAUCAUCCAUCAUGAGCACAAAAGUAAAUGUUAGCAGAUGUGCAUAUAGACUGCCCCUGUUGCUGCUGAUUUUUAAAGUACCUAAAAGAUAAAUAUGGUUAAAAGGAGUUAAAGUAUCCAGAAUUUAUAAAAAUGAUAAUCCACACUGUUCAUCAAGAAAUGUGUUACAAUUAUUCCUUAUGUGUUCACUGUCAUCAAAUCUUAAAAUAUUUUUGUGUGGUACUAAUUUUUCAUUAAAAUCAUAAGGAACUUUUUGUUGUUGGAUUUGGAAAACUGAGUACAAUUUCCAGUUGUGUAGAUUCACCAUUCCAGCUGUUUUUAAAGCCCUUGAAACUAACAUUCAUGCAUAACAUUUUUCCUCAUUCAUGUUUAUUCAUGGUCUUAAUUUUCAUUUUUAUGAUGAUGGUAUCAGAGAAUGUCUAUAUUAAAUGUGUAUAUGUUUCAUAGAAUUAACAUAUUUAUUUUCCUACUAUUUUUUUCUCUUCAUCAUAAGUUUAUAUAUAAUGUCCCUACUUGUCCAUCUUGUGUGCUUUUGUUAACAUUAGAAAGCUUACACAAAAAUCAGAAUGUUUCUUUGACUACUGCUCGUUGUCAUACAAGAUCAUUCCUCAUAAAAAUUUGCAAAUAUUUUCAUAAAAUAAUAUUGCCUGUCUUUAAAGAGAAAUUACUUUGUAAAUCUACUAAUACUAGAUUUUGUGUCAUGCUAAACAGUCCUUUCUAAGUUAUUUUUGAAAAGAUGAUUGAUAUAUGUUGAAAAACAUUGAUGGGAAGUGGCAUUGUAUCCAUUUAUAUAAGGGCAUGUAUAUAUGUUUCUUGGUUAUGUUUGAUAUUCUUUAUCAUUAUUAUAAAUGUGGCCACCAAUUUAUUUUUACAUGUUUUAGUGUGUGCUAUAUGCUUUCAUAAACCACUGAAAAUAACUAGUCUUUACUUAAUUUCAAUGCUUAGUUGUGGCUAUCAUCAAUAAUCAGUACCAUCUUCAAACAAAUCUGAAAUUCAGUGGGAUCCAUCAAAGAAGACACCUAUUGGUGGAACAGAGUAUAGGAGAACAAGGAUUCCCUUUUGAUCAAUUUCUUUUUGAGCUAUUGGGAUUGUUGCAGUCAUGUUAUCAGCUUUGGUUUAUGAGGGACAGGGAUCUUAUUUUUGCAAUUUAAAAAAUUGAAACUGUGAUAGAAUUGUUAUGGCAACACCAGGUUUGUCAGUUUGCUUUGAUGUAAAAUGAAUAUGAGUGUCAAAAUAUGUGGUAUCUUUGAAAUCAGCCAUAUUUCGUGCUAGCUUUUUAAUAGCAAAACACAUUUGUGGCAUAUGAAUUGUAUACUAGAUGAGUGCUUCUUAUGUAGGUCUGUACAACUUUUCUGCAUUUCCACAAAGAGUCUUUCACUGUACACGGAAAUAAAGAAUUUAUUAUUAGUU